AUGGAGUCGCCAGACGACUACGGCCUUCACGUCUUCAACAUGCUGCCGUCCUCCGUGCAGUCGAGGAUGGCAGCAAUGCCCGCACGUCUAAAGUCGCUCGACUCGCUGAGAAAGUCCGUCAUCGCCAGUGCACCCUUGAACAUGCCGCAGGUGCAACUGCGCCGGUCCAAGACAACUUCCUCCGUCUCGACCAAGACCAGCAGCAGCAGCAGCAGCAGUUUCACGGCCAGCAGCUUGGUCGAAUCGGAUUCUGCCUCUUCCUCGGAAUCCACCGCCACUUCUUCUGGGACUGAGUCUAUAGCCACCACACGUCAGUCCUCGUCCACAUCUCUACGAUCCAUGUCGGAGAGGAAUGCCGCAUCGGAAUACUUUGGGAGCUAUCUACCGGAGACACCCGCCCUAGGUCAUCAGUGCCAGCAUCUUCAGCCGUCUCUCCUGGGGACGACGUUGGAAAUGGAGCAUGCACACCAGCUGCGAGCUGCACAGCUGCAAAUGCAAUGGCAGGCCGCUCGACAACCAGACCUCCGCCUGCCACCGAAUUUCAACGCAUCCUCUCACGACAUUGCUAAUCGGAAGUGGUCGCCGUCUGGAAUCAAGUGGAGAUAUGCACGUCAAGGCGCGGAGCUGGCAACCCAGGCCUCGAACGAGCUCCACGAUGCGGCAUUCGAGCGCAGCAGUUUCAUAGACGCGCUGGCCUACUACCUGCGCGCCUGUCCCGAUCAGCUCAAUGACUCGGAGACGGCGGUGCUGGCUCGCGCCGCGCCCUGGCUGACGCAGCACCCACACCCGGAGCCGCAGAUUGCCAUCAGCCGUCCCACGGACCGGGGCAAGACGUUCCUGUACCACGGCGUGCAGUAUGCCGUCGCCGCGCUCAUCGUCCUGCUGCACGCGCUGUGGUGCUUCGUGCUGUUCGUCGGCCGCGUCGGGGCCCGCUACGAGCGGCAGUACCAGGUCUCGGACUGGAUCAUGGCCAACGGCUUCGACGUCGUCAACACGGUCGGGAGGUAUAGCGUAACUCUCAGCGCGCGCAUCAACUCCAUGGGCGACGGCCGCGUCGGCCAGAUGGUCACCGGCGCCUUCACCUGGACCGUCGACAGCGUCACGGGCGGCAUCCAGGAAGGCUACGGCAAGGGCAUGAACCGGAUACGCCGCCAGACGACGGGCAGCGUGCCCGACGGCGGCACGGCACACGCGGGCCAGAUUGUCGAAUUCCAUCAGAGACCCCUAGUGCGUUAG